AUGCCUCAGAAUACAAGACACACGUCUAUUGUGGAAAUGCUUUCUACCCCACCUCAAUUACCAAAUUCCGCUGAUUCUCAUAGUCUGAGCGAGCAGGCAGACAAAAAUAGCGGAGGAAACAAGAGCGACACAGAGUCACUACAUAAGUCUGUUUCGAAAUCGUCUUCAUCAUCUUCUCUUUCUACGCUGGAUAACACGGAAUACUCAAACAACAAUGGCAAUUCCUUGUCCACUUUGAAUUCACAAAAUUUGUUAUCCGUUCAUAAGCAAGAAUGGCAACACACACCGCUUUCGGAUCUGGUGGAGCAGAAUAAGUUGAUUUUUAUCAAAGGUUCUAUUUCUGUGGAAGAAGCAUUCAAUACGCUGGUGAGGCAUCAACUGACGUCUUUGCCUGUGGAAAGUUUCCCAGGAGACAUGAAUUGUUUGACGUUUGAUUAUAAUGAUCUUAAUGCAUAUCUACUUCUUGUAUUAAACAGAAUUAAAGUAGGCAAUGAUAAGAUCACUUCAGACUGCCAGAAUGGUAAGUCUGUGCCUGUGGGCGAGAUAGUGAAGUUGACUCCAAAGAAUCCAUUCUACAAGUUACCUGAAACGGAAAAUUUAUCGACGGUAAUAGGCAUCUUGGGUGCAGGUGUGCAUCGUGUUGCCAUCACCAACGGUGAAAUGACACAGAUUAAAGGUAUUCUUUCUCAACGUCGAUUGAUCAAGUAUCUGUGGGACAAUGCGAGGUCGUUUCCCAACUUGAAGCCUCUCUUGGACUCCUCCUUAGAGGAGCUUAAUAUUGGUGUGCUAAAUGCCGCUCGCGACAAACCGACGUUCAAACAGUCACGUGUCAUAUCCAUUCAAGGUGACGAACACUUAAUAAUGGCAUUGCAUAAAAUGUAUGUCGAAAGAAUAUCUUCCAUUGCCGUGGUUGACCCUCAGGGCAAUCUGAUUGGUAAUAUUUCCGUAACAGACGUCAAGCAUGUCACUAGAACUUCGCAAUAUCCUUUAUUACACAAUACUUGUCGCCACUUUGUCUCGGUCAUCCUAAACUUAAGAGGUCUGGAAACCGGCAAGGAUUCUUUUCCCAUUUUCCAUGUGUAUCCAACAAGCUCCUUGGCAAGGACUUUCGCAAAGUUGGUGGCCACCAAGUCCCACAGAUUAUGGAUCGUACAACCGAAUGACAACCAACCAUCAGCAUCUUCCGAAAAAUCUACAUCCCCAUUGCCAAGUACUCCUCCCGUGACGACAUUGCCGUCGCUUGCAUCUUCAUAUCAUUCGAAUACACAGUCUUCUAGGAUGGCUAACUCCCCUGUUCUAAAAUCCUCAGAUACCUCGAGCGGUAAAAUAAAUGUGAAUAUAAAUUUGAGUGGUUCUCCGCCUUUCCAACCGCAAUCUCCCUCGGCAUCGAUGCCACCACCUCAGAGUUCGAGUAGUUGUUCUGCAUCUCCAACUCCGGCACAUUUCGAAAAGGAAUAUAGAACAGGAAAAUUGAUAGGUGUUGUGUCCUUGACCGACAUAUUAAGUGUAUUGGCAAGAAAACAAACGCAUCAUAAGGAAAUUGACCCGCAGAUGGCAAGAAAACAGAGAGGGCACAUAGGUUAA